UUCCACGAGCGCGGGCGGGACUGGGCGACCACGGGGCGCAUCUACAACUGCCACGCGCUGCUGGACCCCACAGGUUGCCUCGUGGCCACUUACAGAAAAACCCACCUGUGUGACGUGGAGCUGGAGGGACGUGUCACCAUGAAGGAGAGCAGCUUCACCNCACAAGGCUUGGGCACUGUGUCCUCGCUGAUGUCCCCUCCUUGUCCCCACCAGCUCGGUCUCUCCAUCUGCUACGACCUGCGGUUCCCCGAGAUCUCGUUGGCGCUGCGCCACGCCGGCGCCGAGAUCCUCACCUACCCCUCAGCCUUCACCUUCCCCACCGGCUCUGCUCACUGGGAGGGGCUCUCCAUGGUGGUGGAUCCCUGGGGGGCCGUGGUGGCCCAAUGUCACGAGGGUCCCGGGCUCUGCUACGCCGAGAUCGACCUGGGUUACCUGCACCGCGUCCGCCGGGAGAUCCCGGUGCACGGUCACCGCCGCCGCGACCUCUACGGCACCGUGGCGGCCGCGGGGUUGGCACCGGCACC